GUGACGUAAUGACGCAGAACACGUCAGCUAAAGCACUCGCUGCAAAACUCCAUUUCACUGACUGGUUUGGCAACAUUCCUCAGCAGCCAUGUCCACAAAAGAAUCGAAGCCAAAUCUCAGCCAUUCGCAGGUGACAGACAUUGUUAAGCGUCUCUAUGGGUUGACCGCAUCCGUCAUACGGCCAUUGCCCAGUUAUGAUGAUCAAAACUUCUACGUGGCGCCCAGCGAGGGUGGGGAGUAUGUUUUAAAAGUCAUGAACUCUGCAGACAGCGAGAACGUCGCUGUUAUUGAGCUGCAGACUCAAUCUAUGAACUUCUUACACCAAAGAGGCCUUCCUGCGCAGACCGCUUUACCUACACUGACUGGACAACUGAUGAGUUUGGAGGAAUUUGAUUGUGGAUUUGGCACACAGAUAUAUUUAGUCCGCUUGCUUACCUACCUGCCCGGCACUACCAUAGCCAAAAUCACCUGCGGUCCUCAAAUCUUGUAUGAUGUUGGGAAAAUGGCCGCCACAUUGGAUACAGUUUUACUGCAAAUGGAGCAUCCAAACACAAGUGUCCUUCAGAGAGAAGAUUUCAUAUGGAAACUCACCAGUAUUCCACUCCUAAACCAGUAUGUUCAUGUGAUGGAUGGGGAUCCCAUGCAGAAAAUCAUAAAAGGCGUUAUAGAGAAGUACCAGGUCCAGGUCAUGCCAAAACUACCUCUGUUCCGCAAGUGCAUCAACCAUGGAGAUUUCAAUGACCACAACCUCUUAGUGAAACCUGACGGACCCUCAAAGUACAAGAUCUCUGGGAUACUUGAUUUUGCAGACAUGAGCUAUGGGUAUUUCAUUUUCGAGCUGGCCAUCACCAUCAUGUACAUGAUGAUUGAGAGUCCCAAUCCGUUAGAUGUUGGAGGGCCAGUGGUGGCGGGAUGGGAAAGUGUUUUUCCUCUCAAUGAGGCUGAAAGAGACUCGCUCUACUGGCUGGUUUUGUCUCGGUUCUGCCAGUCUUUUGUUCUGGCCCGCUAUACUGUGAUCCAGCAGCCGGAGAAUGAAGAGUAUUUGAUGAUCACCUCCAGGAAAGGUCUGCGGCACCUCAGCCGUCUUUGGGAGCUGGGCAAAGAUGAAGUGGAAAGAAUAUGGUUUCAGAGUGCACAACAGAUCAGACAAAUUUGACUGAACACUAAAGCUUUUAAAAUAUAGGGAUGCAGUAAUACAGAUUGCUCGCAGUUUAGUUGGUAUCAUGGUUUAGGGUCACGGGUUUGGUAUGGUUUGGUAUAUCAAUCAAUCAUUCUCCUUCGGCUUAAUCCCUUAUUUAUCAGCAAAAUGAACCGCAAAUUAUUCCGGCGUAUGUUUUACAUAGCGAAUGCCCUUCCAGCUGCAACCCAGUACUGGGAAACACCCAUACACUAUCACAUUUGCACACACACUCGUACACUACGGCCGAUUUAGUGCAUCCAAUUCAUCUAUUGCGCAUGUGUUUGGAUUGUGGGGGAACCCAGAGCACCUGGAGGAAACCCACACCAACACGGGGAGAACAUGCAAACUCCACAAAUCUCCAACUGGCCCAGCCGGGACUCGAACCAGUGACCUUCUUGCUGUGAGGUGACAGUGCUAACCACUAAGCCACUGCGCCGUCCCUCAGUAUAUUUUAUGUUUAGUAAAAAAUAGGACACAAGUAAUCACAAAUGAAUAAACUAUAGCAAGGAUACUACUAAACUAAAUGGUGCUUUUCAGGGUUUCGGGUACCUAACAGUACAAAAACUAAAUAAUAAGCUGUCAUGUACGUUGGCUUUUAUAUCACAGGAUUAUUCUAAACACCGCUCUUGUAAUUCCUUUAAACUUUACCUCAUUUUAUUAAUGAUUAUUUUAGGUUUAAGUGGUAUUUGUAAGGAAUUGGAGGCAAGCAAAGGAUCGCUGUUUGUUCUCACGACAAUUCGUAACUUUUUGAUUUAGUGGCUAAUUCGCAUGAUCUCUUUUGUACGAUUUGCUUCUCCCCCAAUAAUGGGUGGGUUUAGGGGUGGGGUUUGGUGCCACGCCUCCUUUUUAAAAAUAGUACAUUUUCAAACGAUUGAGCUCAAAUGAAUUAGCCACAAAACUGGCAAAACGUAAAAUAGUUACGUUUCCUCGUGAGAUCAGGCUGGUACCACCAUCUACUAGGGCUGCGCGAUAUUGGAGGAUAAAAAAACGGACACUGCGAUAUUUAGUUUUUCUGUGAUCUAUAUAGAUAUAGAUAUAUAGGUAUAGAGAUAUGAAUACAAUUUCAGAAGAUGACCCAAGUAGCUCUAUUUGGAAAGAAUGAAUACUUUCACAUUGAUUGGGAUGGUGUUGUAGGGAAGUUCAUGAAAAAUAUAUAAACUAAACCACAGAUUAAAACAUUAGAACAAAGAUAAAAAUGAAUUAAACAGUGCUUUAUGGUUUUUGGUGGAGUCUAACAGUACUGAGGUACAGAAAUUCAGUCAUUUUAAAUGCUAUACACUCUAAAAAAUAAAUUCGUAAAAUUUAUAGUAAAAACGGCAGCUGUGGUUGCUGGUUUUUCACGGUGCAAACUGUAAAAAAGGAAUUUCUUGUUUUUACAGUAAACUACCGUUUUUCAUAAAUUUUUUAGAUGCAAUAUGUCUGUAUUGCGAAUAACAUCUACACAUCUUUUGUUGCACAGUUAGACACGUUAACACAGCCAUAUGCAGGUGGUGAUGAGGAAGUUACAUAAUGAACCAAAGCUCAUCACUAACAACUUUUCCCACAAGUAGAAAAUUGUAUCAGUGUAUAGAAGGUGCUCAGUGUCAUUCAUACAGCUACUAAACACCAGUAUGGUAACACGCAUAAAAUUAAAGUCAUGAAAUAAACAUUGUUUAUCAUCAUUAGAUGUAACAUAAACCUCUAUUGUACAUAACUGAUUGGGAAACAACUAAAAAGAUCCAUAGUAAUGUCAACAAAUAGCAUAACAAGUGAUGUGCCAUGUAGGGAAUUCUGGGAAAGUGAUUUUACGGUUAUUCUUCGUAUAUAUUAAGGAAACAUACUGUUAACCAGGUUAUGGAUUUUUACUGUAGCAUUUUUAGUUUUUUACCGUUGAAAUCACGGCCAUUGUUUACAGUGUACUAUACACUAUAUACACUAUAGAGCAGCGGUCCUCAACCUUUUUAUCACUGCGGACCAACCGUUCAACGCUUUAUCAUUUUACCGCAGACGGGGAGAGGGGGCUUGGUGCUUGGGGUGGUGGAUCAUGACCAUCAACUGUUUUCUCAGAGGAUGACAAACUGACAAAACAUUGCUGUCACUCUGAUACAGGUUUUAUUUAUGGAGAAAAUUACAAAGCACUCCAGUGUUAGAGUUGUCUGUAUGUUUCUCAGAUAAUUAGCCUACCGAAAUGUGUUUAUUCCAUACAAAGUAUGAAACUCAACAGUCAGUUCUUGUCUUGUGAAGUGUCGCGCUCACAGCAGUGGGGCUAAUAAUUAUGACUUCAAAUGUAUGUUUGUAAUUUGCCACACUUGAAAAGGUGCUUAAAUUGGACUUUGGCAAGGAUGUAGGAACCCUGGUGUGUUGUACAAUAUAUAAUACUGUAAUGCAGGAAUGUGACACGGCCUCAUUAACUUUUAUGGAUGGCUUAGUCUGAACUUACCUCACAAACCGCAGAUCACAGCACUUUUAUCUGAUCGCUCAAAGGUCUGUUUUUACCGCUCAGGUCAGGUCAUCCUCAAGAAAAGUUAAGCAUUUAGCUAAAUAAGUAAAAGGGCAACAAAUAAAUUGAGACUUUGACCACUCAAUAUUUGUGCAACUGAACCACUUUAAUAAAGGACAACAUUUGUAGCCUUUAAGGUUUACCAGCAGAGUUACCACAAGUCAUGGAAUUUCUGCAAUAUCAUGGCAUUGUAAAAGCUCUUUUCAAGACAUUGAAAGUCUGGGAAUCGUUUCUUUUUUAUAUUAGUGUAUACGACGUGGAAUAUCAGAGAUUUUUGGUUAAAAUUUUGGUUUGCAUUUAGCAAAAUGUACUUUUUCCCUUGACAUGUUGUUUGUCAUGCUGUUUCACACAUAUAUUGCUAAUGUUCUUUGUUUUUAGCUCCAUUUCAUUUGUUUCAUUCUCAUUAUAACUAGUAAACUGUAAAAAAUAUCUGUUAAUUUUGUGUUUUUUGUUUAUUUACGGUUGUGAGUUGCAUUAUGGGACGUUAAUCUCUUCUCUGUUGACUUUUUAUGUCAAAAAUUCUACUCUACAGCCUAACAAAGUGACUUAAAUUGACGUUUAAGUAGUUUAAAAUAAUAUCAUGCAUAGGUCUCAAACUGGAUGCCUGGAGGGCCGCAGCUCUGCACAGUUUUGCUCCAAUCCUAAUCAAACACAGCUGAUUACACUGGUCAAGGUGGUUCUCAUAGUGGCUAAAAUACUCCACAAAUGAUGUUUUAAAGCUGUUAAAAACAGCCUCUUUUAGGCUUUGAUCCUAAUUGUGUCGUUUUGAUGACUGUCGCUUUAAAUUCAAAUGAGAUUGUGCUCUUUCAGAAGAGGGCGGAGCUACAAAUGCCUCUGUGUCAGCAUAGUGGCAGAUUCAAAAACAAGAACGUCCUAUGCUAAUGAGGGAGAGAUGAUUGCUAGUGGGCGGGGCUUUCCCCCUUACAAAGGGAGAAUGUCAAUCAAAGUGUUCCUGCAGACUGUUUUUAUCAAGUCUGAUUAUAAACGAUAGAAUUAAUAAAUGUUUAUUAUAAGAAGCUGAUUAUAUUCACUGAUAGCUGCCACAUAACUGUGUUUAAACCCCUUAUAAAAGUGUUUUUUGCAUAAUAGACCCCCUUUAAGGGUACCUAGGAACACAUACUAAUAAUACCACAUUGAAUUUCUUUUGAAUAAAUGUAUCAGCCUGCCAAAUGAACAGAAAUCAAACAUAAUUGGAAUUAAAUACACAGACCAAUCAAGAAUACAGCUGAAAUGUUGUGCCAAGAUUGUGGAUUGAUUGUCCAGAUGCUAGUUAUGUGCUCAUGUUCGGUCGUUUUUUAGCUUAGUAUCGAGUAACUGGAUACUGAACUCCUUACCUUUUAAACGUUUUAAAGGGGGCCUAUUAUGCGUCUUUUGAUGAGAUGUAGAAUAAGUCUCUGAUGUCCGCAGAGUGUGUAUGUCAAGUUUGAGCUCAAAAUACCACACAAAUAAUGUUUUCAAACUCUCUGAAACUGCCCCUGUUAGGUUUUGAUUCUAAUUGAGUCAUUCUGGUGACUGUCGCUUUAAAUUCAAAUGAGAUUGAGCUCUUUUUAGAAGAGGGCGGAGCUACAAAUGCCUGCGUGGCAGAAUUCGUGGCAGAUUCAAAAACAAGAGUGACGUCCUAUGCUAAUGAGGGAGAGAUGGUCACUAGUGGGCGGGGCUUUCACCCUUCUGAUGACACGUACAAAGCGAGAAUGUCAAUCAAAGUGUUUCUGCAGACUGUUUUUAUCAAGUCUGAUUAUAAACGAUAGAAUUAAUAAAUGUUUAUUAUAAGAAGCUGAUUAUAUUCACUGAUAGGUGCCACACAACUGUGUUUAAACCCCUUAUAAAAGUGUUUUUUGCAUAAUAGACCCCCUUUAAGGGUUACUAGGUAACACAUACUAAUAAUACCACAUUGAAUUUCUUUUGAAUAAAUGUAUCAGCCUGCCAAAUGAACAGAAAUCAAACAUAAUUGGAAUUAAAUGCACAGACCAAUCAAGAAUACAGCUGAAAUGUUGUGCCAAGAUUGUGGAUUGAUUGUCCAGAUGCUAGUUUUGUGCUCAUGUUCGGUCGUUUUUUAGUUUAGUAUCGAGUAACUGGAUACUGAACUCCUUACCUUUUAAACGUUUUAAAGGGGGCCUAUCAUGCGUCUUUUGAUGAGAUGUAGAAUAAGUCUCUGAUGUCCCCAGAGUGUGUAUGUCAAGUUUGAGCUCAAAAUACCACACAAGUAAUGUUUUCAAACUCUCUGAAACUGCCCCUGUUAGGUUUUGAUUCUAAUUGAGUCAUUCUGGUGACUGUCGCUUUAAAUUCAAAUGAGAUUGAGCUCUUUUUAGAAGAGGGCGGAGCUACAAAUGCCUGCGUGGCAGAAUUCGUGGCAGAUUCAAAAACAAGAGUGACGUCCUAUGCUAAUGAGGGAGAGAUGGUCACUAGUGGGCGGGGCUUUCACCCUUCUGAUGACACGUACAAAGCGAGAAUGUCAAUCAAAGUGUUUCUGCAGACUGUUUUUAUCAAGUCUGAUUAUAAACGAUAGAAUUAAUAAAUGUUUAUUAUAAGAAGCUGAUUAUAUUCACUGAUAGGUGCCACACAACUGUGUUUAAACCCCUUAUAAAAGUGUUUUUUGCAUAAUAGACCCCCUUUAAGGGUUACUAGGUAACACAUACUAAUAAUACCACAUUGAAUUUCUUUUGAAUAAAUGUAUCAGCCUGCCAAAUGAACAGAAAUCAAACAUAAUUGGAAUUAAAUGCACAGACCAAUCAAGAAUACAGCUGAAAUGUUGUGCCAAGAUUGUGGAUUGAUUGUCCAGAUGCUAGUUUUGUGCUCAUGUUCGGUCGUUUUUUAGUUUAGUAUCGAGUAACUGGAUACUGAACUCCUUACCUUUUAAACGUUUUAAAGGGGCCUAUCAUGCGUCUUUUGAUGAGAUGUAGAAUAAGUCUCUGAUGUCCCCAGAGUGUGUAUGUCAAGUUUGAGCUCAAAAUACCUCACGAAUAAUGUUUUCUAACACUCUGAAACUGCCCCUGUUAGGUUUUGAUCCUAAUUAAGUCAUUUUGAUGACUGUCGCUUUAAAUUCAAAUGAGAUUUUGCUCUUUUUAGGAGAGAGCGGAGCUACAAAUGCCUGUGUGUCAGAAUUCGUGGCAGAUUCAAAAACAAGAGUGACGUCCUAUGCUAAUGAAGGAGAGAUGGUCACUAGUGGGUGGGGCUUUCACCCUUCUGAUGACACGUACAAAGCGAGAAUGUC